UACGUUGUAACCAAUGAUAUCGUUUGUGAGUGGUUGGCACUUACUAGAAGUUUUCGGAUAUCGCUUGAUCUCGAUGUUUUCAGUAUAUGCUGAAAGAAACACAUUGAAAAUUCAGGAGUCUUUAUCACAAACAUAGUAAUUAAAAAUACUUUACGAAUAUUCACCAGCCCACAUAGUUUAUUGGUAUCCGUGUGAGCUGGGUAUCGCACGUAUCAUGUUGGUCGUGGGUCAGUUGUAGACGCGCUUGUGAUGUGCAGAUUACAGCUGUUUUGAGGCCUUUUACUUGCAUAGUGUAUUAGCUUUUGCAUAAGAUUAAGAUGAUUUGCAGGCAUUUCAUGCGGUUUCUUCAUUCUGGACAAUCUUGGAAUUCAGUAAACAAAUCAGUCUUAGGAAAGCUUCGGAAGAAAACGGGGUACACGUUUGCCAACUGCAGAAAAGCUCUCGUACUAUAUGACAAUGAUAUGGAUAAGGCAGAAAAGUGGUUACAAGAGCAGGCACAAGCUCUUGGGUGGUCCAAGGCAACAAAACUUGAAGGGCGACCAACAGCUCAAGGCCUGGUUGGAAUAGCAGUAGAUAAGAAUAUUGCAAUCAUAGUAGAAGUGAACUGUGAAACAGAUUUUGUGGCCCGGAACAAGACUUUCCAAACAUUGGUUGAUUCUGUUGCCAAUGCUUGUCUUAAGUUUGCUAUCAGCAAACAGGAUAUAAGAUCUUCAUUUGUUAAGAUAGGGCUUGAUUCAGAGCAGCUGAAAUUGCUACCGGGUGAAGAUGGGAAACUACUGUCUGACCACACAGCUCUAUUAAUGGGAAGUGUGGGAGAAAAUAUAUUUCUACGUCGUGCCUACUGCUUCCAGGCCAAUGAGGGCAUUCUUGUAGCAGGGUACACACACCCUGCCCCACAAAAUACAAACAAAGUACUGUUUGGAAAAUAUGGAGCCCUAGUCGCAUUCAAGCAGACAUUACCAGAAAUUACUGAGCAGGAGACUGUGGUGAAGCUUCCACAGGAUCAGCUUGGAAGGCUGUUUUGUCAGCACAUUAUAGGAAUGAACCCAAGCAAGAUUGGAGUAGAAGGUGAAGAUGUCCCGACAUGCAACUCUGAUGAAGAGAAAUGUAUGAUCUACCAGGAAUAUCUUUUGGAUCCAUCCCAAACAGUAGCACAAUUUCUAGCAGAUUCAGGUGUCUCGUUGGUUGACUUUGCAAGGUUUGAAUGUGGGGAGGAAGUAGAACAGUGCAGUCUUAAUGUGGCUGUUGAAGUUGAAGGUUAGUUACAUUCAUCCUGCCUGUUACAAUAAAUUAAGAGUUUCUAAUGCCUAUUUCAGUCUGUGGUUAUCCAGUGCACAGUAUUCCAUAUCAACAUUUUAUUUUCAAUAAAUUAUUUAGAAUUUUAUUGUUUCUUUGUAUUUAAAUUGUUUUGAGCAAAUGUUGCUGAUAGCAUAGUUUCUGUAAUGUUACAUUUUCUCAAGUACUGUACAACAGAAAAUUAUAGCAAAUUAUUGAUUUUUAUGCUUGUAAAAUAAAUUCAUGUUAUCAGUCUUUUGAAA